UUUCAGCCUAUCCAUUCAUCAAUACCUCAUGCAAUAGUCCUGCAGACCAAUAAUGUCUGUAGAAGUCAAUACCGGCGGCGCCGUGCCGACGACAAAAGUCGUUCGCUUACAAGCUACGCCGGAAUACAUUCCUACUAUUACCGGAAAUGUGAUAAUACGUGGUAAACACUCCGCCAAUACAACCCUCAGUGACGACGAUGAUAACCAAAACAAUCAAAAAAAGAUAUGGGGUAAAAUUAAAAAUGUUGCUCAAAUACAAACAGAGGUUCGUAGCGAAGCUAGUGAUGAUGAUACGCCUCGGAAGUCUGUUGGUCUUGCAGAUUUUCAGCGAACUGCUAAAUUAUUCAUUCGAUCGAAGAGAGCAAUCAAAAGGGUAAAGUCCCGAUACAGUGGGAUCGCUAGGAGAAAAUUCCUCGAGAAAAGUUCAUCUAUUCUAAGUUUAAAUGAAGUUGGAAAUAAAAUAGAUCCGGAAAUGUUUAAUAACUAUGAUUUAAGAGAUGUUCAUCACAAGAUGAAAAGGAAGAAACAUCUAAAAUUGGCUGUUUUACAACAACAGUUCUUAAAUGAUUUACCGAUGCUGUCAGAGAUGUCAGUAAAAGAGAGAUUACUUCAAAAGAUUCAGCUUCUGGAAAAAAUAAAAAAUGGAGGUCAAAGUGAAAAUAUCUUACGUGAAAAGGAUGAACUUGAAAAAACCCAAAUUACGCCUUUGAUACGCCGACAAAGUCGUCUGCGGAAAAGCGUAGAUCACUCAAAUUGUUCUGUUGAUUUGGAAAAGUGUUUACCGGCAAUUCUUACAUCGCAAGAAAGUUGUAAUCAAAUUGAUCCAACGAUUUCCGGUCUUACCGUAGCAGAUAUAGAUAGAGAGCUUGCCAUGUACAAGAGCCGAGACAGGAUCGAGGAUGACCUUAACCUUCCACAGAACCGACUGGCAAGAUUUUCAGUUUUAAAGGCCAAUGUUGAUAAAAUCAACGCUAAAUUUCUUUCAUUUAAAAAGGUAAAUAAAUCUGACAAGAGCGGUAGGGUGGACGAUGCUCUGACUGAAGAAAAGAAAUAUUAUGUUCCAUCAAGGUUUACAAAAAACGGAAUGGCACUGUUAUAUUUCAAAAAGUACGCAAGGUUAGUGCUGAUUGUCACACAGUGGAUCAGUCUUAUCAUGAACAAGAAGUAUGACUUUGAGAAGGAAUUAAAGUCGUUUGUUGACAUCGCCAAUGAAAUAGAAGAUAAAGUAAUCAGCUCAACUAUGUCAGAGUUUGGCCUGUCAUUUGACAAGAAAUUCUUCAAGGCAAAUAAAGAGAUAUCACUGAGUACAGAAGUACGCAAGAUUUUAACAACAAGAUGGUGGUCCCGAACACCCAAAAUGAUUAAGCAGGUUUUAAAUGGUUUACAAUCUUUACGAUCUUUGUCGGAGUAUCCCAUGCAGACACAAGAAAAACUGUGCAAAGUAGCGUGGUACCAAACAAUAGGCCCAAAGAAACUUAUCGUCAGACAAGGACAUCAUGCGGAAUCUUUCUACUUUAUUCUGUCCGGAAUGGCAUUUGUAAAGAAGAUGUUACAAGACCCUGUCACCGGAGAAACGAAAGCCGAGGUCGCUGCAAGAUUAACAAAAGGUCAUAGUUUCGGGUUUUCCUGGGAAGAUGGGGAGAUAGGUUUACUGUUCGAUACACUGCGUACAGCUACAGUAGAAAGUGCAACACCAAUGGAAUUGCUUGUAAUUGGCAAGGAGGACUUUGUACGAAUAUUUAUGAAAGCUGAAAACCCUGAUGACGAGCCAGAUCAUAUUAAAUUUCUAAGAAAGAUUCCAUUUAUGAAAGAAUGGCCAAUAGAGCUACUGAAGCUGGAACCAGGAGCAUGUCUAACCCAUUAUUUCAAACGAGGCAGCUUAGUAACUGAUAAUGACAGGCACAGUGAAUGGUUAUAUAUUGUUAUGUCGGGUACUUGCGAAGUCUUGAAGAAAUUGAAGAAAGUACGAGGAAGAAGUCUCAGUGAAAUGAGGCCAAAAUCUGACCCAAUGUCAGACAUAAUUCUGCCAGAGUUAGGAAUGCCAAAUAAUCAUCCGAAAAUAAAUACGGGUAAAAAUCACACCCGGAGACGAACAAUACAUCCGCAAGUUUACCGAGACAUGACAGAUUUCUAUGAUUCACUGAGACGGAAAUAUGCAGCGGAAACACCAAAGCCGUCUGUAACUGAAAAAGAAAUGGAAGAAGACGAUUUAUUUGUAGAUAUGCCUGAUAUAACGGAUAAACAAACACCGAAAUUGUUCCUACGCUCUCCUUCCCCGAGAAAAUUUUCUGAAGCAGGCACCCCUGGUCCUAAAGUUCGAUUUUUUGACGAAAAGCAAAAAACUGAAGAAGAUUUUUUAAAUCAAGAUUUUAAGAUAGUUCCUCUGGAACCCGAGCAUACACGAAGACCUGUUUCUCGGGCUAGAUUGGACGAGAAUACGCCGAAAUUAAAGAGGGACCAUUUUCGACUUCCGUCACGUGAGAAGUUAAGAUCCUCCUACAGACCGAAGUCACUGGACGAUGACGUAUUUAAAGCUAACCACAAUGGUUCCGAUGACGUCUUUGUACAAGUGGAACUCCUGUAUCCGAAACAGUGCUUUGGUUUAAACACGUUAAAAUAUGUGAUGGAAGCAGACGAUGAUGUGUUUGAUGUCGGUGCAGACGACACACCAAUAUUGUCACUGGUAAGCAGAGGCGCAGAGGUGAUAAUGUUAUCAAAGAAAGUUUUCUUGAAAUAUGCGGAUCAGCGAUGCAAAAUUCAAGUUCGAGAUCAGAUAAAAGUGUACCCGUCCGAGGACGUCAUGCAAAACAAUAUGCAACGAGAAGCCGACUGGAGUCUUUACAAGGAAACGCUACUUAACCAAUACAUUGAGAAGAAAUUGAAACACGAGCAUCCAAGGUCAAAAUCAAACCUGUAUUAACUGACACGUGUUUUGAGUUUGAGACAUGCUGUGACAUCACAUUCAUAUUUCAUUAAAAUGAUUCCAUGACAAAUAAAAAACACAGUAUAAUUUCAUUCAUAAUAAAUCAAGAAGGGUACUGUAAAGCUAAAAAACAACACAACAAAACAGCCUAAUA